AAAAACAAAUCUUCUUCAUUUUCUUUUUACUAUCUAUGACAGAAACCAAAAACUAAAGAGCGGUACAGAAAACACAGACUCACAAUUUAUUUCUAAACACAGCAGAAGGAUGAGUUGUAAACGAGAUUAGAUGAUAAAAUCGUGUUUAUAUGUAAAAUUCGUUACGAAAAGUGUUUAGAGAAAAACGUUGCCUGUCGCCUUGGUAGAAUGUCUAAUGUUGACUGUUUGAAUGUAACAAAAUAGUAUAUUUAAAGUUGACUGAAGUCGUUUACCAGUAACGAGCACCAUGGUGCCUGUGGCGAUAGAAGGAUGCACCCAGGGUGCUGAAGGUGGAGGAGCUCGAGGAGGCUCAAUAUCACUAGCACUGCUAAUAGACUUCAUAGUCCAAAGAACGUACGAUGAGCUUACGGUUUUGGCGGAAUUGUUGCCCCGAAAAACAGAUAUGGAGCGUAAAAUUGAAAUUUACAAAUUCAGUGCUAGAACACGACAGCUGUUUGUGCGAUUACUAGCUUUAGUAAAGUGGGCUAGCAGUGCUACUAAAGUAGACCGCUCUGCACAUAUUAUGGCAUUCCUGGAUAAACAAGCCUUACUGUUUGUGGAGACAGCUGAUGUUUUAGCCAGAGUUGCUAGAGAGACCCUGGUACAUGCAAGAUUACCCACUUUCCACAUGGCUGCAGCAGUAGAAGUCUUAACACUUGGCACAUACAGCCGAUUACCUGCAGUAAUUAGAGAGAGGCUGGUCCCUCCUCCUUCUCUGACACCUGGAGAACGCAGAAGCACCUUGCGUGCACUUGCUCAUGUUGUAAGACAAAGACUCACCACUGCAUCUUUGCCCAGUGAUAUUAGGAAUUUAAAGGUAGAGAAUGGGAGAGCUACAUUUAGUGUGGGUCAGGAGUUCAGUGUUUCUCUUACUGUUAUGGGAGAUGCACCUAACUUGCCUUGGCGUUUGUUAGAUAUUGCAAUAUUAAUACAGGACAGUGAAACUGGAGAGGGCAAACCCCUAGUACAUAGUUCCCAACUGGCGUGGUUGCGUGGAGUCGCGCAGGCGCGCCUAGCCGCCGCUGGCCUAAGCGGAGCCUUAACGGCACUUCGCUAUUUCUGCCGCUCGCUGUCUCUUGAACUAUUAUACACUCAAACAUUAAGGCUAUGCCGUGAUCGCCUAUCACGGCACCUUCAAGUAGAUAGAUAUACGCCGGGACAAAAGCUACAAGUAUCAUAUUGGAGGGAGCUAGGUUGUGAGCUUGGCUAUCGCCUGAUAAUAGGCGCGGAAGGUGAGCAAUUAUGCGUGUGGCACGUGCCAGCGUUAGCAGGUGGUGAGCGCGUGGCCAGCGCCCUCACACCGCACGCACCUUCCAUGGAACGUUUGCUGGCACAUACUGUACAUGUGCGCUCCAGACAACGGCUGAAUGAUCUCAAAGUGCUGCUCAAUGAUUUAGGGGUGGAAUGUAGUGUAAGUGGCUGGCCAUGUGUAUUGGCCUGCUCGGUGGUAUCUCCCUGCUUACGCGCUGAACAACUGUUGGUUUGUGUUGGCGCACACGGUGGUCGGCUGCGAGCUCGCGUGCCCGCUUACCCUAACACUCCAAAAAUGCCUGAACUGGCUAAUGCGCUCGGCGCCACGAAUAUCAAUCAAAUCAAGACGUUACUAACGCAACUUAGGUUCUGGCUGGUAGCCCGUCGUUGUGAGAAAACACUGCAACACUUACCGGCGAGUGUAUGCGAACACUUGCCGUUCCUGCAUGGGCCCGACCACCCGCUCAGCAAGCUGUCGCCCGACAGGCUUUACGUCACGCUGCACAGGCACACUGACUACAUACUGAUUGUAGAGAUGAAGGAGGUGGCGGCAGGCAGUACGGCGACGACCAGCAACAGCGCGAACGCCGGCAGCGCGUGCUCCGUGGCGCUGUCGUUUCACCUCGCCGGGGCCAAGCGCUGCACGCCCGACGAGUGCGAGGACGAGAGCUCAUCAAGUUCGUCUGCGCCUGCGACGGCUACGCGCGCGUACCUGAAGUUAACGUCUCUGGUGGAGCUGGAUACUUUUACACUCACACACGGACCAUUCACGCCUUUAGAUACACCUGGCAUGCAGCCCGGCAAACGCAAGCUGUCUGCGUCUAGUCAGCGCGCAGUGCGCGUGCGUCAGCCGGCGUACUUCAUACCAGAGCUGGCACAUGUCGUGGCCGCCGCCGACGAACGCGUGCCCUUUGUCAACCUGGCGCAGGAGCUGGCGCGGCGCGGCGUGAGUCACGGCGGCGUGCAGCCGGAGUGGUCGGGGUCCGCGCUGGGCAUGCGCGUGGUGUGGCUGGGCCGGCCCGCGGGCGCCAGCGCGCCGGCCGCGGCCGCCCUGCGCGCGCGCCUGCUGGCCGCCACCGUGCGCCUCACCACCAAGAACCAGGCGCGCGUCUGGACCGCCGAGAUCGUCUUCCACGGCUCGCCCGUGCGCACGCCCAACCCCAGGGAACAAGGCGAGCGUCGUUGCGUGUACCUGCAGUACGAGCUCGGUACGGACGCGGGUCGCACGGCCGACGCCUUUCUCGCCGACUGGGCCGCCAUCGUUCAUCUACACACAUUACUACACGAUUUUAUGUUAAGACCAGCGCAUGAACGCGAGACAUUAUGGGCGGGCGUGUGCAUCAGAUCGUACACGUACCGCUCGCUGGUGGUGGGUUUCGGUACCGCUCAGCGCGCGACGGUGGUGAUCCAGUGGAACGCCAACACGCAGCGCUACACGCUGGCCACGCCCGCGCACCAGCCUGCCGCCAAUGCGCAUCAUCUGCUGCACCAUCAUCUCGACCAUUACCUAAACUGCCACAAGGACCUGAUGUCGUUUGGGGUGGUGUUGCGCGAGACGUACGGGCCGCUGCUGGCGCUGAGCCGUUUGCCCACGCUGCCACAGCUGGGUCUCCAUCAUGUGCGCACACUCAUGCCCACGCCCACAUUCACGCUGCUCGCCCACUCAUGGAGAAAGAUCCGUAUCGUAUACGCAGGUGCGUACUCGUUAGAGGUGGGCAUCCGCGGCGGCGGCAUCGUCACGAUACGCGACGGAGCAUACUCCAAGUUCGACCGAACCACUGUCGUUGACGAGUUCGUUCCAGCUCUAGGAUUAAAGGCGUUCUUAUCGCGAUAUGUAGAGGAUAAUAUGAGUGCAAGACUGUUAGCUGAAGAUGAUAACCCACCAUCACCUAUGUCACCCAUGCCUCCAGGUGGUCUGCGAUUCCCGGCGCCGCUGACGCCGCCGCAGCCGCACACGCCGCACUCCGCGCCCGUCACGCCUCACCCCGCCUCGCCCGCGCAACACCAGAUGGGCGGCGGCUCGUUCAACCUGACAUCCCCGACGGGCGGCGUGUCGGCGUCCCCGGCGUCGCCGCUGGCGCCCUCCCCUCACGCCGCGCCGGCCGCCAGCCCGCACCCGCCGCCCACCUCGCCCUUCACGGCCUGGCCCGCCUCGCCCUCGCUGCCGCGGCCCUCGCCGGGACACCACCCCUCACCCCGCCAUCACAUCGACCACAAAGGUGGUGUAGCGAGUUCAAGUGCAGGUUCCCGCGCGGCGUCGGCGGUGAGCGGGCGCGCGUGGGCGGGCGCCACGGCCACGCCGCUGAGCGUGUGCAAGCUGGAGACGCUGUGCACGGCCUGCGAGCCGCCCGCCGGCGCGCCGCCCGGGCCCGCGCUCGCGCCGCUGCAGCGCUUCCUCGCCUGCGUCUACAUGAAGCGCACGCUGCAGCGGUUCGUGCAGCAGGAGGACUAUUUGACGCUAGUAUCAGUGGAGGCGACGAGUCUGACGUUCCGCUGCGAAAGCGCGGGGUUGGCGGCGCGCGUGGCGCUGCACCCGCAACACAUGCAGUCGCUGCAUCUGCAGCUCACGCCACUGCCUGACCAUAACAAGGAUUCCUGGACUGCUGAUGACUUGCAGGUGAUGGAGAAGUUCUUCGAGCAGCGCGUGGCGAUCGCGCCGUACCGCGCGACGGCGCUGCAGGGCUGGACGCGCGCGUGGGGCGCGCCGGGCGCGGCGCUGGGCUCGCUGGUGUCGCUCAUGCGCGCCGAGCUGGCGCCGGGCGCCGCGCCCGCGCUGUGGGCGCUGCACUGGGCGCUGCGCAUCCCGCCCGCCGCGCCGCCCAUCGUGCCCGCCGGACAGCCCGCCGUGCUGCUCGCCAAGCAUAAGAUACUCUUCUUUAUCUGCCUGACGCGAGGCGAUACGCAGCUCGUGUUGCCGCUGGUAUACGACAUGCAGAUGAACGUGACGCAGCUAGCCGACAAGCAAAAUGCACAGCCGCAUCUUAUCGCCGUUAGCUUGCACCUCAAACGUUUCAACGAGUUCAACCAGUCGCACUCGGAGUGCACGCUGUGGCCGGCGGUGCGGGACCUGCUCACGAACUUCACGCUGCCGCAGGAGGCCCCGCAGGCGCCCGCGCCGCCGCCGCCAUAGCACACGCUGCCCUACGACCUGCUCGGCACAUAACAUACCGGACUAUACAUAAACUUGUGUUUCUACAAAGUAUUUACGGUGGUUACUCAACUAACGUUCAAUCAGUGUUUAUUUUAUGUAUUUUUUUUGUGGGUUAGAAUAACAUAGAGCUCGUAACUGGCGUCGGUGGCAUAGUCAACAGAAUUUGACUAGAAUAUUCAAACGGGAAUAUGUGAGCAAUAUUAGAUCAAUACUGGCUGACAACGACAUUGUCGCCACCUACUUACUCUGUGUAAACCAGUAGGUACUGUCUCAUAAGUAAUAUAAAUACUGUCCAACGUUAAGCAUACAUUUUUGGUAACACCACUAGCGUGUAAGUUGUUUGUAUACAUAAGCUGUUUUCUUCUGAAUCAGAUUACCCGACUGUUGCUGAUUGUUCUAUUUUGUGUAUUAGUUUAGAGACCAUGAAUUAGUAUAGGAACUAAUAGAACUUUUUAUAAGAAAGUAUAUUGUAAAUUAUUAUUUAAUAAACAGAUAAUCUCAAA